GGCGACGCCGUGGGGCUGCUGGUCACCAGCGGCGCCGUCAAGGGGCAGAAAGGGGCCGGCCGCAUCAAGAUCUACAUGAAGCCGAAGGACUCCGACGACUGGAUCUGCAGGCUCGAGUGGAGCGCCGGCGUCCCGCAGCCGGACGGCGAGUUCUUCGCGGUGCUGGAGCUGGGCGGGCGGCUGUCGGAG